AUGGACUGGGCUGAAGGCCCUGAGAAACGCCUCGGGUCAGGCUCGUUUAAGACCACGCACCACGGUAUCCUGCAAGUCGGCAUCGCCUUGCAUGAAGUUCAACUUCCGCAGGCACUCCAAGGCAAUGUCUGUAUCAAGCAUCCAUAUCAAGGAGUUAACAGGAGCGGAGAUGUCAGGAGGGUCACCGAAAGUUUCGAAAGAACUUGCAUCCUUCGAGAGGCAAACACCAUGUUGUGGGCGAAUGCUUUACAUGACAUGAGCCUCGAUAUGGUACUCAGCAAAGCACCCUCCCUUGGCACACCUUCUGGGCCAAUCCCAGAUCUUCGCUUUGUGGAGGCCGCAGUUGUGAUGAAUUUGAAGCCUGAUUCUGUCAAACCAAAGGAUUGGCAUGGAUUUUGUGCCCUGGUGGAAAGGCUUUUGCCAGAGGAUGACUUCGUCAAAUACGUGUGCAAUGGCACACCUCAGCCUAUCGACUUGGGCUCCGACAAGCAACAUCGUAUUGCGGUGUUCCUAUGCUUCUUGCAACAUAUUCAGUAUCGUUUCACUAAGGAGAAGGCAUUUGUUUCGGAUUACCAAGGUAUUUUUCUCUCAAGAUUCUCAGCGAUCCGUGAUUAA